AUGCCUGCGACGCUGCUGUCCAACGGCGCCGGCCGGCAGCCCGACCUCCACCUCGUCAGCGACGAUGACUUUGUGUACGAGCAGGACAUCCAGCGGAACCCAGGCAGCACGAAGCCAUGGCUCGCGUACAUCGACUUCAAGACCCAGCAUGGCAGCGUGCAGGAGCAAGCCUUCGUAAUGGAGAGGGCGUGCAUCCAGUUGCCGCGCUCUUACAAGCUGUGGAAGAUGUACCUCCGAUUCAGAACGAAGCACGUCGCCAAGUUGAACGCGGCAAUCUUUGGCGAUGAAUUCCGCAAGGUCAACGCGCUCUUUGAGCGGGCAUUGAUCUUGCUGAACAAGAUGCCUCGGAUAUGGGAGAUGUACCUGAAGUUCCUCAUGCAGCAACCCCUGGUCACUCUGACACGGCGAACGUUCGAUCGGGCGCUCCGGGCGCUCCCUAUCACCCAACACAACCGAAUAUGGGCGCUGUAUCGGCCGUUCGCCAACUCUGCAUCGGGCGAUACCGCAGUCAAGAUCUGGCGACGGUACAUGCAGGUUCACCCUGAGGACGCCGAGGAUUUCAUCGAGCUCCUUACCCAUGUUGGGCUCUUCACGGAGGCUGUUCACAAGUAUAUCGACAUCCUCAACAACCCUCGCUUCCAAAGUAAAAAUGGCAAGGGCCACUACGAGCUGUGGAGCGAAAUGGUCGAUGUGCUUGUCGAGCACGCCAACGAGGUAGAGACAGGCUACGAAUCGGGUAUCGACGUCGAGCGCAUCAUCAGGAGCGGCAUUGACAGGUUUUCCGAUCAGAGAGGAAAGCUGUGGGCCGGUCUGGCGACAUAUUGGAUUAGGAGAGGCAGCUUCGAGCGCGCACGGGAUAUUUUCGAGGAGGGUAUCACCACAGUGAUGACUGUCCGGGACUUUUCGCUGGUCUUCGACGCCUACACGGAGUUCGAGGAGUCGGUCAUUGGCGCGUUGAUGGAGAUGGCCUCCGCAAGGGCCGAGAAGGGCGUGCUCGACGAGGCUGCCGAUUUUGACCUCGAUAUCAGAAUGAUGCGAUUCGAACACUUGAUGGACAGGCGGCCGUUCCUACUCAACGACGUCCUGCUGCGGCAGAACCCUAACAACGUGGCGGAAUGGGAGAAGCGUGUGGCUCUCUGGGGUGACAACAGCGUGGAGGUUGUCAAUACCUACACGGACGCCAUUGCUGCUAUUCAACCGAAAAAAGCAGUCGGCGUCUUCCACAAGCUGUGGGCCAACUAUGCUAAGUUCUACGAACGUGGCGGUGACCUGCGGAAUGCCAGGGUCAUCAUGGAGAAGGCAGUCAAGGUUCCCUUCCGCUCGGUUGCUGAGCUGGCCGACAUGUGGAUCGAAUGGGCCGAGAUGGAGCUGCGGAACGAGAACUUUGACGACGCCAUGAGGAUCAUGGCCAAGGCAGUACAAGCACCCAAGCGGUCUACGGUCGACUAUUUUGACGAGACUCUUUCGCCUCAACAACGAGUGCACAAGAGCUGGAAGCUCUGGAGCUUCUAUGUUGAUCUGGUGGAGAGUUGCGGUUCUCUGGAAGACACCAAGAAGAUUUACGAGCGCAUCUUUGAACUUCGGAUCGCUACUCCUCAGACUGUCGUCAACUAUGCGAACCUGAUGGAAGAGAACGAAUAUUUCGAGGAGUGCUUCAAGAUCUACGAGCGGGGUCUCGACCUCUUCAGCUACCCGGUCGCCUUUGAGCUCUGGAAUCUGUACCUGACAAAGGCGGUCGACCGCAAGAUUGGCAUUGAAAGGUUACGAGAUCUCUUCGAGCAGGCUGUGGAAGACUGCCCACCCAAAUUUGCGAAGAUCAUCUACCUCAUGUACGGCAACCUGGAGGAGGAGAGGGGCCUUGCACGGCAUGCCAUGCGGAUCUACGAAAGAGCGACAAGGGCAGUGUCAGACGAGGACCGCGCAGACAUGUUCAACUUCUACAUCACCAAGUCUGCAUCGAACUUUGGCAUGCCGUCGACGCGGCCCAUCUACGAGCGUGCCAUUGCCGCGCUUCCAGACGAGGAGGCCCGAGACAUGUGCCUCAAGUUUGCCGAUAUGGAGAAGCGCCUGGGAGAGAUCGACCGGGCUCGUGCCAUCUAUGGUCACGCAUCGCAGUUCUGCGAUCCCCGUACGAACCCAGGCUUCUGGUCCAAGUGGCACGAAUUCGAGGUGCAGCACGGCAACGAGGACACCUUCAAGGAGAUGCUCCGGAUCAAGCGCAGCGUGCAGGCCAAGUACAACACGGACGUCAACUUUAUCGCCUCGCAGGCGCUGGCCAAAAGCCAGCAGCAACAGCAGAUGGAAGGACAGGAAGGCGCAGCCGGCGACGAGGAUGCAGAGGUUGCGGAUGCCAUGGCAGCGCUCGAGCGGCAGGCUCGGGCGCCGGUGGGUUUUGUCGCUGCGAGCGACGGACCCAAGGGCGGGAAUAUACCACCGCAGCCGGUCGUGGCAUCAAAUCCGGAUGCCAUUGACAUUGAUGAUAUGGACGACGAUUGA